AUGCUGGUUGAAACGAAGGGAUCUGAAUGGGACGACGCUGGGCUUGUGUUUUUCGAGCGAGAGCGCCGCGUUCGUUUUCUCUAUGCCAAUGUCGCUGAACGCUUCUGUUUUCCGCAGCAGUACGCGUUCUAUCGCGGGCAAGUGGUCGAGUGGAUGUUGGAUGCCGGCGAGGUGCUGCGCCUCGAGAGAAGUACCGUGCAUAGCGCCGUCAGUUGUUUCGACGAGUAUUUCGCGCGAAACAAGGGCGUGUCGUGCAACGUGUGGCAACUGCUGGCGAGCGCGUGUAUCCUAGUGGCGGCAAAGUGUGAAGAGACGGAGAGCGACCCGGCGGUCUUGCACAAGUUACAUGCAUUGAAUGCGGGCUUCUACUCCAAGUCAGCUAUCGUGCGCAUGGAGCAGGAGCUGUUGCGUAUACUCGAAUGGGACGUCGUCCGAGUGUCUGCAAUUCCAUUUAUCUAUUAUUUUAUGGAAAUCGACAUGACGUCCACAAUGGAUACUCCGAUGCAUGAUGGGUGGGUUUGCUUGUCGGGGAAGCAAGGCAGUGAGCCAGCGAGAAGCAAAGGCGUAUCCACACAGGCGGAUCGGCGUCAGGGUCGCAGUCCGCUCGCGUACGCCCUCCUUGCCGAGUCGUUGCGUUUCGCGGAUAUCGCCUUGCGAGCUUCCUCUAUCGCGCUUUCGUAUCGGCCAUCAGUCGUCGCAGCAGCGAGCAUUCUGUGUGCGAGCCAUCAACUGCCCGGUUCGAUCGAGGCGGGCCUCCGUUUGGGUCAGUUUCUAUCCGAUGCAGCGAGUGAUGUGCAGGCAUGCCUGGCAGGGAUCGAGGAUUUGUGUCAACACCAGGUUUCGCGACGCCCUAUCCUGUCCUCAGUGAAAUCGUCCCAGUCGCCUCGUUCUGUCAUGGAGCUUGCGGCGUACCUCGAAAGGACUGCCGCAUCCCAGGAGAACAUCUCUGGAGACGCACAUGAAGACUCGUAUUUGCUCUCAUCUGAAAGCUUGUUCUUUGAUCGCACUUUCUAUCCUUCUGGGGCCCCGAAGAAGCGUCCACGUCUCUGCAUGCCGCCACCAGUUGUUCCGUUUCGUGGAGGUGGCGAUGGUGAUCAUGAGACGUCAGGCCUCGGAUUAUCGUCAUCGUCGUCGGCCCUUGUACCUGAAGAAGUUGAUGUCAUGUGCUCGGAGGAACUGGAUGACGCGUUGUAG